CUUAAAGGUGAAUCUAUGUAGAGCAAUUUUAGCUCAUGCUUGGUGUUUGAAAUGAAGGAUGAGGGAAAGAUGCCAAAAGACAGCUGUUCUGAAACGAAAUUGGAUGAGAAUUACAUAUACGGAAGGUGGGGUCCAUACCAGGUUGUUCAGGCAGCUAUAUGUUUCUUCAAUAUAUGGCCAACAGGAUUUCAGCUCCUGAUAGGAGUUUUCAUCGGUUACCGACCAGAUUUUCAGUGUGCAGCCCCAGAGAUAGACAACACGGAUGUAAAAAACGAUUCAAUUUACAUAACAUACGACAAAUGCCACAUCAAAACAUUUCUGAACAACACAAAUCAAGGGAGCAAUCACCUUAUAAACCAGACUUCAUGUAUUCAUGGAUUUCGGUACAGUCUAGAAAAACACAGUACAAUUGUGACAGAGAUGGACCUUGUUUGCGAUCGCGCUCCACUAGCCGAGCUUGUGCAAACUUUAGUCAUGGCAGGACAAUUAGCUGGGGCUGCCAUAGCAUCUUCGCUAGCAGACAAAUUGGGAAGAAAGACAAUUCUACUUUCCUCUCAUCUUCUGACGAUGGCGUUUGGUUUUGGGGUUGCCUUUUCACCCAAUUACACAACCCUAGCGAUUUUGAAAUUCAUUCUUGGUGUUUUGCAACAGGGAAUGGUGAUGCCCAAUGCUGUAUUAGGAUUAGAAUUGUGGCCGGAAAGAAUCCGUUUCUACUGCGAGGCAUUAGGUUUGUUUUUCUGGACAACAGGGUUGGUUAUCAUGGCUCCCAUUGCUUAUCUGUUGAGAGACCACAGUUGGAGAUAUCUUCAAAUUGCUCUUACCUGCUUUUCUCUGUUUAGUCUGAUUCAAUAUUGGGUUCAAGAUGAAUCUUUAAGAUGGCUUGUCGCAAAUGGGAAAAAGAAGGAGGCUGAUAGAGUGAUACGAAAAGUGGCAAAAUGGAAUAAAAUCAGUUAUGAAGAGCUGAGUAAGAUGGUGGAGAGAAAAAUGGCGCAAACCAAAACUAUUCCUGAGCAACAGACUGAUGAUGAGAAAACGGAUGAAGAAAGCCAUGAAUCCGAUUCGCCUUUGAUUGAAAAAUACUCAAUCAUUACAAUUUUGCGGAAUAAAACCAUUCUCGCAAUAUCGCUGAUUAUGUGGUUUACAUGGGUUACCAACACCGUAACCUAUUUUGGAUUAACUUUGACGUCGACAAGGCUAGCGGGGGAUCGUUAUCUGAAUUUCUUCUUAUCCUCCUUUGUGGAAUAUAUUGCUGUUAUUCUUGAGUAUAUCAUGCUUCGUUG